ACGUGGUAAAUUUUAACAAACACCUAUUAAUAAGCAUCAAUUCUCAGUAUAAAAGCCACAAUUUAAGGUUAUCAUUUUUAAUUUUAACAGUUUAAAUUUAAGAAAGAACUAUGUUAAAAAUAUAUUUAGUAUAUGUCUUCAUUGCAUCAGCGUUAACGCAAACAAGUCUGGAUCCAUUAGAUGACUUGGAUUCAUACACUAAUGAAUUCACUGAAUGCAUGGAAAAAAAUUCUAUGGAUUAUUUAGGAGACGCACCUAUAAGUAAUAUGGUUGAACAAUGGAUGAAUAUUCCGGUUCAAGGAUUAUGUGUAGAUGCAGUUAGUUCUGAAUUAUGUCCACUUUGUAAGAAUCGAGAUCAUUGUUUUAAAACAAUGGUCAUAUGUUCUUUGACCUUUUGUGGUAAUUUAGAAAGAUUAAGACCUAUCUUUGAAGAAGUACGACAAGUUUUACAAAAUAUUAUAUAAUUGUAAAAUAAGUUUACAUUAAAAAAUAAUGAUUAUCACAUCAUUUAAGACCUAUACAUGGUGGCCCACCACUCACUGACAACUUAAAUAACUUUUGAUCCAGUUAAUAUUUUUAGCUGAUUUUUUUUUUAAAUAAUAGUUAUACGUAAAGUCUAUAGCUAUAUCUCAAUAAUUAUUUUUUUUACAUUUUAUUAUAAAUAUUAAUUAUUUUUUAAUUUUAAAUAAAAUGUUAAAAAAAAUCUAAGAUAGCUAUUUUGUAGAGUAGAAUUUAAGAAAAAUUUUAAUAAAAAAAUAUCUUAUUAAUAUUCAGUAGUAGAUAUUCUGUAGCAUUUUAAAGUUUGUGAAAAUUUAAAUUUUCAUGUAUUAUUUUACGGUAUUAAACAUUGAAAUUGUAUAAUUUACAACCUUGGCAUUAAUACCAUGAUAAGAAAUUUGAUAAGGCAAUUAUUGCUUAUCACUCUCAUUCAAAAGUAUGUCAUUUUCAUGGAAAAAGUUACACACCUCCAAAUUAUAGUAAUCACGAAAAGAUAGUGUUUUCUUCUGUCCUUUUCUCAAUACGUAUUCAAUGUUUAAUACCGUAAAAUAAUACAUGAAAAUUCAAAUUUUCACAAACUCUAAAAUGCUACAGAAUAUUUACUACUGAAUAUUAUUAAGAUAUUUUUUUAUUAAAAUUUUUCUUAAAUUCUACUCUACAAAAUAGCUAUCUUAGAUUUUUUUUUAACAUUUUAUUUAAAAUUAAAAAAUAAUUAAUAUUUUUAAUAAAAUGUAAAAAAAAUAAUUAUUGAGAUAUAGCUAUAGACUUUACGUAUAACUAUUAUUUAAAAAAAAAAUCAGCUAAAAAUAUUAACUGGAUCAAAAGUUAUUUAAGUUGUCAGUGAGUGGUGGGCUACCCUGUAUAUCCUAAACCUUUAUUAAUGAAAUUUAUUAUGUGUACUAUAUAUACAUAAUAACUAAAUUAUUCCAAAAUGUAACUAACACCUUGUGCAUGACAUUAGUCUAAGGUAAUGAUAAAAAUUUUAUGAGAAAAAAAAAUUCUUGUACGUUUUGAUAAGUAACAAAUUUUGAUUAUUGUAAUUAUAAAUUGGUUUCAAAAUCACAUAUUUUUAAUAAUGAAAAAAAAGUUGUAAGAUUGUAUUUUUAAACUAAUUAAUUGUGUAACCACUUUAAAUUUCUUACAAAUUUUUUUUUUAAACAUUUAAAUACAAAGCAUUGUGUUUAUGAUUUAAUAAAC